AGCCUCCGUCGUCAGCAGCAUCAGCGGUAUGCUGCUGCUUAUCUCAACAGUGCUUUCGUGUUGAAGCAGUUGGGGGCCUAUCAGGAGGCGAAAGAGGCUGCAGACAAAGGCCUUGCCAUUCUAAUGAAGAAGUACACUAUGCAUAAACGGGAAAUUGCGGAGACUCUGGAUUUACUGGGCGAACUGUGUCAGAAUCUAGAGCUCACUGAGGAGGGAAAGGCCGACGUUAGCCGAUCUAUUGAGCUCAAAACGGCAUUGUAUGGGCCCAACGCCAUCCAGCUAGCGGUGCCCAUGAAUAUUCGAGGAGCACUGCAGCUCCAACAGGGCCAUUUGGACAAGGCUCGUUCCGAUUUUUUACGAGCGCUCACAUACACAGUGAAGUACCAUUCUGCUGGCAAACCCGUCCAUCCCCAAAUAGCUGUAUGUCUGAGCAACUUGGCAGGGGUACUCCAAAAGGAGGGCAAACUCGAUGAAUGUCGCCAAAUUUACACGGAAGUUGUGGAGUCAAUGAGCCAGGAAUUCGGUAGGACCUCCCCGGUUACCGCACAGGCCCUCUGCGAUCUCGGCGCCACCUAU